AUGGCAGUUUUCCUGAACUUGUGUGAUGAAGACACAAGAAAGUGCUUCACAGCCCUUCUCAACAAAGCUCUCAUUGAUUCCUGUAUCUCCACCACCUUCUUUUCACCCGCACAACAACAACCCAGUAUUGUACAGGAAGCUAUUAAAGAAUGUGCGGUGUUUAUAGCCGUCUUUUCAGUGAACUAUGCAUCCUCUUUCUCCUGUCUUCACCAGCUUUGUUAUUUACUGAGUUUGCCAAGGAGGAGAACUAUCCUUCCUGUGUUUUAUGAUGUCGAUCCUUCUCAUUCGAAUGAUUGGGAUCCAUGGAAUGGGCUUGCCAAGGAAGUGUUCGACAAAAUAUAUUCCAAAUUCCAUGGCAGCUGUUUCCUCUCAGAUAUUAGAGAGUCUUCCAAAACAAAUGGAGUUGUCAACUUACAGAGACAACUUCUUAAGGAACUUUUUGAUGAAGUAGAUCCAAGUAUAUUUAAUGCUGAUAGAGGCAUCAAUGUUAUUAAGAAUAAGAUUGGGUCGAAGAAAGUUCUUGUUGUAUUUGAUGACAUUGACGAUGACAAACAACUUGAAAAUUUGGUUGGUAACCGUGAUUGGUAUUGUCAAGGAAGUAGAAUUAUCGUCACUACCAGGGAUGAGCACGUGUUGAAUGUGCAUAAUAGGGUAGAGAGUAAUCACAUCUACAAGCUCGAGGCAUUGGAUCACAUACAAUCCCUUGAACUCUUUAGUUGGUGUGCGUUCCAAAGGAAUCAACCGAUACCAGAAUUCGUGCAACUCUCUAAGGAUGUAAUAUCCAUUGCUUGUGGGCUUCCCCUGGCUCUUGAAGUUUUGGGAUGUUACUUAUGUGACAAGUUAAACAUUGAAGAGUGGGAAGAGGCAAUAAUGAAUUUGAAAAGAAUUCCCGCAAAUGAUGUUAUGCGAAAGCUUAGAAUAAGUUACGAUGAUCUGAGUUGAGAAAAGAAACAUCUAUUUUUUGAUAUUGCAUGUUUCUUUAUUGGAGAAACAAGAGAUUAUACAAUUAUGCACAACCGACUUCGUGAUAUGGGGAGACAGAUUGUUGAAUUAGAAAACCUAGAUGAUCAUGGAAAGCGUAGUAGGUUGAGGAGAUGUCAUUACUAUGUUGAAGAAUUACAAGUGCGGUUACAACUAACGGAAGAUCCGUGGCAGUAUCUCCCAGAAAAUUGUAGCUGUGAAAAGCUAGCUGUCCUCGGCUUGACAAACAGUAACACUGUGUCGAAGAACAACAUCAAGCAGCUCUUCCCGAAGUUGAAGGUCCGUGAUCUUACAUGGUGCCUUAACUUAGAGAGAAUUCCCCACUGUUCUCUAUACAUGAACUUGAAGCAGUUGAUUCUUGAAGGUUGUGAAAACUUGGUUGAGAUUCCCGACUCCAUAGGGCUUUCAAGGGAUUUAGUUUAUCUGAAUCGAGGAUGUUCCAACCUCAAAAAACUUCCAGAAAACUUUGGAAAGCUUACAAGUUUUAAGGACUUUCAAGUUAAACAACAACUCCAAUUUGACAAGGCUUCCAUCUACUUUUCCGGUCUAUGUUCCAUGGAGGAAUUGUUCGCAAGGGAUUGUAACCUGCAAGGGGUGAUUGCUGAUGACUUUGAAAAGUUGUCCAAAUUGAAAAAGUUGGAUCUCUACGGCAACAAGAAUAUGCAAGGCCUGCCUAGGAGCAUGAAGGGCCUUUCUCAAUUAGAAGACAUGGAUAUAUGUCAUUGUGAGCAGCUCGUAACUAUACCCGAGCUCCCCAGUAGUUCGAAAUGUCUACAUGCUAGCGACUGCUAUGAGGAGCAAUGCAUACAUGUUUAAAUGCUGCCAUCAAAGCUUGCAUUUAGACCAACACAAGGGGAAACUUACUGUCAAGGAGGCUCCUAGAGCUGUGAGUGAGCCUGAUGACAAGCUUCUUGCUGAGCACAUGGCCAAUCAAGGGCUGAUAAUGAAGAGGUCAGUGGUGAUGAGGAAACUGAAGAAGAGGAAGAUACGGGGAUGGGCGAGCUUGAUCUUGAUAAUGCUGGUGUGACCGAGUAAAUUAUAAGACAGAAAUGAAAAAGAAAAAAUUAGUUGAUUUUGGUUGACAUUAUUGAGUUUACGUGUAAAGAACCGCCACAAUUUGUGCUGCUCGCAAGUAAGGUUACAUUUGUCAUUUUCUUUGAAGCUUGCAGUUGCAGAUUUUUCUGCCUUGUACAGAAUUUGUGAUCCUGAGAUUUUGUUCA